UUUCAGGAUGAGUACCGCUAUCAAUAAAACAACUGCCAUUAUUGGUACUACAGAUUUUGAUGAGGAAACAUGGCUUAUUGAACCACCUAAUUUACAAGCACAAUCAAAUAGCAGACAAGAAUCUGGACGAAUUGAUGAAUGGUUGCAGGGUGCAGCGAUGAAUGUUGAUUUCCAGACACGAAGUGCACUGAGCAGAAAAUUAGCCAGUCAAGCGGCUAGGAAAAAUACACGUGAUAAAGCAAUUUUAAAUGGAACAUCACUUGCAGCAGUAAGGGAAUGCAUCGAAUCAUCUGCAGAUUCCAGCGCAAAUAGCGCCGGUUUACUGAGCUCAAAUGGUUCAGGCUAUGAAGCACGGCAAUUUCGGCAAGUUAAUACUGCACGUGUUCCGCCGAUGAUUGCGCAAAAUGUGAUUUCACAACGAUCAUCAUCACUGGAUAAAUCAAAAUCACCAUAUGGAUCAACGAAAUCCCACUCACCAUCUACACAACCGGAUCUGAAAGAUAUUAAAAGUAUUGUUGAACGGCAAGAAGCAGAAUUGCGGGAAGAAUUAAGCAGACGGAAAUCCAGUGUUAUGAGUGAGAUUUCAAGCAAAACGCUUUCUUCAAGUGCUCGUAAAUCUCAGGUGCGAUCUACAAGGAGAGGAACAACGCCAUUAGCAUCAUCAAAAUCUAUUGAAUUCAAUGCAAAUGGCGCAAAACUAUCAGCUGUUGCUAUGCCAUCUCCUGUUUUUCAUCCUUCUCGACUACCGACUCCAGUUCGAAAGAGUGUUGGACGCAGUUUGAUUCCGACACCACGUGCUUCUGCGCUUACUAGAUCAGCUAUUCGUGGUCUAGCUGGUGGUAGUACGCCAUCAUUAGUAUUAUCCUCGCAGCAUAUAUACGAUGAUACACGUUCCGAAUGUGGUAUGUCACAUAACGAACAACGAUGGACUGACGAGUGUUUCUAAAUUAUGCAACGAAAUUGAAGCUGAAUACGAUUAUUCUAAUAUUUUUCCACUGAAAAUUAUUUUUUUUCUUGCAUAAGAUUUUGCUUUCAAGUGACAAACGUCAAUAUUAUCAUUAUUUGCACAACUUUACGUGAAAGCACGAAGCGUAACUGUG